AUGUUCUCCCGCACUUCCUAUUCCACUGUCUUGAGAGGCUGUAGCUAUCUCCUCCGUCCGGUCCCACAGCGCGCCGCCUUUUCCCUCUCCGCGCGUUCCUUCUCCGCCGUCAACGCUGCCAUGGCCGACACCUCGGGUAUCACUGCGGACUCGCUGAAGCUCAAGCUGCUUGAUCAGCUGCAGGCGCAACACGUUGAGAUUGAAGAUCUAUCGGGCGGCUGUGGUCAGGCUUUCCAGGCAGUGAUUGUCUCCCCGCAGUUCGAGAGUAAGAACAUGCUUGCGCGCCACCGUCUCGUUAACUCCGUUCUGAAGGCUGAGAUCGCGGCUAUUCACGCUUGGACUCCCAAGUGCUACACUCCCGAGCAGUGGCAGGCACUCCAGCAGUAA